AGAUUUGGUUUGGUGCUACUUUGUCUUGUAUUUAGUGUUCUAGCCACAAUUGACGAAUAUGAGCAGAAACUGGGUGGUUUUCUAUUUUAUAUGGAAAUUUUUCUUGUUCUUUCAUUUGGAAUAGAGUAUUUCAUUCGCCUUUGGUCAGCAGGGUGUAGAGCUAAAUACCAGGGUUUAGUCGGUCGCUUCCACUUCGCACGAAAGCCAAUAUCAAUAAUAGAUCUAUUUGUAGUUGUAGCUUCAACUGUAGUUUUGGUUUCAACUUCAGAAGGAGAAGUAUUUGCUGCUUCAGCAAUAAGAGGUGUACGAUUUUUACAAAUUCUCCGUAUGCUGCAUGUUGACCGUCAAGGUGGAUCAUGGCGUCUUUUAUGGUCCGUUGUCUAUGUUCAUCGACAGGAAUUAAUAACAACAUUGUAUAUAGGUUUUCUUGUUUUAAUCUUUUCAUCAUAUUUUGUAUAUCUGGUUGAACGAGGUCCCCCUCAAGGGGAUUUUAAGACCUAUGCAGAUGCCCUUUGGUGGGGUGUGGUUACAGUCACGACGAUAGGAUACGGUGAUACUGUGCCCUCAACGUGGGCGGGAAAAGCUAUAGCGAGUUGUUUCUCAAUAUUCGCCAUAUCUUUCUUUGCUCUUCCUGCAGGGAUUUUAGGAUCUGGAUUUGCAUUAAAAGUUCAAUCAAAACAAAGACAGAAGCAUUUCAGUCGGCAAAUUCCCGCAGCAGCUAGUCUUAUCCAGUGUCUCUGGAGAGUAUAUGCAGCUGAAAAAUCAUUCAACUCGGAAGCGACGUGGAAAAUACAUCUGACUCAAGUGAGCGGUAACGGCAUUACCACGGAGUCGCCUUCGCGUAAGGCUGGACUACUUAAGAAACAAAAAAGCUGGCUAAAAGAAGCACUUGGCUUUAAUUUUGAGAUGUCUUCACGGGGGUCACCGAAAGCAGGGUCCGUCAGUGAAGUCGGUGAAGGGUCAACAGCUUCUGGGGCUGAUGUCGAUGGUUCAGUAGGAAAACAAGGUCGUUCGAAGAAAGACAGUUACACUCCUUCACAGACUGUUUCAAAUGCUUCAAUAGCAGAUGCAGAUGCAGAUUUCAAAGUCGAACCUGUUACCAAGUAUUUUGAAUUAACAGAAACUCACAAAGUUGCUAUUCGUGCAAUUCGCAAGAUCAAAUAUCUAGUAGCAAAGAAAAAUUUUCAGCAAGCUAGAAAGCCUUAUGAUGUAAGAGAUGUUAUUGAGCAAUACUCGCAAGGACAUUUGAACAUGACCGUGAGGAUCAAGGAACUGCAACGGAGGGUUGACCAGUCACUAGGACGUAUGCCCUAUGCUAAAGGGGACAAAACAAAAAACACGAUUAGCGGACGGAUCUUGGCCAUUGAAGACAGAGUGAAUGAGGUUGAUGUCAAAUUAGAACAGUGCGUAUCAUUAUUGCAAGCAGUUUUAAAUACAUUACAGGAACAAGAAAACUGGAGAGUAAUGCUGGCACCAACGAAAUCCAAAGAAGUGGAGGUAUGAAAUUGAUUGAAACAGUUCAUCAAUAGUGGGCAGUGUUUAAACAAUUUUAGUGGAAAUUUUGCCAUGACAAUCAUCAUAGAUGUUUUACAGCUCCAGAAUCUGAUUUUUGAAUAAAGAGCUUUUCAAUGUGAUUUCAUAUCCUGGCAGAAUAUCAAGAUUCCUAGAUGCAGAGGACAAUGAGGCAUCAUGAAGCAGUUUUUUUUUGCUUUUGUGAAAACUCGGUUGCUUAAAUUAUAUUUACCAAUAAAAACUUAAUAUGCACAAUUUUGUAUAAGGCUAUUUUAAGCUUUUGUGAAGGAUUAUCGAGUGAAACUCAAAUUGAUUGUAAAAUACACAAUAGACUGGAGCAAUUUUUCUUAUGCAUAAUUAUCCCUUUACAAAAGGUAUUUAUGUAAAUUACUAUUAACAAUGAACAUUAUGUAUAUCUGUAUAUAUACAUUUGUGUAUCUUUAUAUUUGUAUAUAAUGUAAUUUUACUUAUGCAUUAAGCAUAUUGCAAGACAGUUUCAUUUAAUUGCUGGAAUUUUUAAGAACUAAACAAUUUUGUUAUCAAAAGAAAUUCUUAGAUCUGUCUAAUUUUUGGGUGCUUCGCACUAAAAUAUUCAUCCUCAUCCUGUAUUGAAUGUGUUCAGGCUAGCCUAUUUUAAAUUUUAUCUGGACUUGCUAACAGUUGGAAUAUGAUCGCACAAUAAGAGGUCCGAUUUAAGUGUAGACAAAAUGUUGCACUUUGCAUAUUAUCAUUUAUCACCUCAAAAUAACAAAAUCAAAAUUAUUUGUGUUUGUUUAUGAAAACAAAAUGCGUUGGUAGAGACUUUUUGUGUAGUAAAGAAUAGAAAAAGUCCUUGACAACCAAUACAUGCAAUGAAAAAUUGUGAAUUUUAGAUUUUUCAAAUUAUCAAGCAACUUGGCAAUAUGCUAAUUAUGAAUCCUUAUCUUUCAAUAUAGCAACUCUUUAUAAUGGAAUUCUUAUUAUUAUUAUUAUUAUUAUUAUUAUUGUUUAUUAUUAUUAUUUAUUAUUAUUAUUUAUUAUUAUUAUUUUUUUUAAUUAUUAUUAUUAUUAUUAUUAUUAUUAUUAUUAUUAUUAUUAUUAUUAUUAUUAUUAUUAUUAUUAUUGUUGUUGUUUAAUAAAUAUUUGUAUAUAUCACCAGAAUUUGUUCAUGGUGUGUGAGAGUUUCAAGUUUCAGUUUUGAAACCAUUCUCCAUUCUAUGAUGUAGUGGUGUUUACAUUGUUUUUUAACUGUAAGUACAUUUUAUGAAGGCCAAUUUUAAUAUUUUACACUUAACUGAAAUUAUAUAAAGAUUUAAUAUUUGGCUUUUAUUAAUUUUAACAUGAUGGGAAUAAUAUUUUGAUAAUUGAUUUACUGUUAUUUAUUGUAAUAUAAUAUUACAGUAGUAGUAUAAUUUAAGCCACAUUAACAAUAAUUUUUAAUGGAUAAUAUAGAUUAUUCGGUAUAUGAUAAACUAUGAUGAAGUAAAAGAUAAAUCACAGUGGGAGUUGUAAGCUUAAAAUAUAUACAGGUGUGUUGCAGAUACUUGUAAUAACUACUCAGUCAGCUAUUAUGAUUGAAAUACUUUAUUCAACCUCCAAAAGAGCAGUAUACAAGAGUGUUCCAUAUCGUUAUGGCAACAACUGAAUCGACAGACCUGAGAUUUAUUGUAGGCUCAGACUGUUCAAUGGCAGCAUCAAAAGUCAAUAAUUUUGUCAGGAAAUAUUACUUCGAAAAUCAUUUUCAGAAUGUCAUAGCUGAGGAUGGCCUCUCGUCGGAGAGUACAAACCUCUAUUCAGGGUCACAGUACUCACUUAUGAAAAUGUUUCUCUUGAUAAAUUCCAAAAAUUAUACCCCCACCCCAUUUUUUCCUAAAUUCUGGAUCCAUCUGAACAUUCACCUUCCUCCAGUGCUCAUAACCCUGGUGAUAAUAUUACAGAAGUGUACACAUAAUAUAUUUAAAUUAUUAAUAUUACAUUUCAUAUACAAUUUUACCAGUGUAUAUACAUAUAAUCAUUUUUUAAAUGCCAAAUGUCAAAUGUGCCUAAGAAUGUAAGGUGUCAAAAGCUUGCAUUCAUGUUUCUUACUGUAUGUCAUUUUUCAAAUUUGAUUAAAAUUGAAUUAAGUGUGCUGUCUCGCACUGAUGAGUAAUGAUUAAAUUUAGACAUACAUACCUAUGCAUCAUGUGGCAUGAAGCUAGAUAUUUGAUUGGUCCAUUACCAUAUGGAAACAAAUGUAGUUUGUAAUUAUUUGAUAUGCACAUUUUAUUAUUAUGAGUUAUUAUUAUUAUUUAUGUUAUAAUUACUUUCUUCUUUUUUCAAUAAGAAAGGGA